AUGUUUAAAGCUACCGGAGCAAGGAUACUUGUUUCGUCACCUUUAAAGAGGUCGAUGAACAUUCGUUUCUUGCCAAAGGCAUCUAGACUUAUCAUUGGGAAUCCAAUUAAGGUAAAAUUACAGAUCAACAAUUGUUAUGGUGGUUUAUCAGCUUUUAACCAAGUGAGAUGGACGUCAAAUAUAUCUGAUGCUAGUUCUACUGUCAAUGCAGUCGCUGCUCAAGAACGUGAAUUGAAAAUUCCUCCAAAGAUCCAGAAGCUGACCCCAGAUGAAUCUGGUAGAUCUGGGUUUAAAGAUGUCAAACGAUUAUUUGAACUAGCAAGACCCGAAACUUUCUACAUCUCUAUAGCUUUAUUGCUUAUCUUUAUUUCUAGUGCUGUUAGUAUGGUGGUCCCAAGUGUCAUUGGUAAGUUAUUAGAUAUUGCUAAACCACCAAGUGCAGAUGAAGAAAAUGGUAAAGGUGUUUCUGAAAAGCUGAAAGAAAAGGAAGACGAAGAUAAGAAAAUAUAUGGGUUGACAGCUUUACAAUUUUACACUGCAUUAGGAGUUGUUUUUACCGUAGGUGCAUUGGCCAAUACAGGUCGUAUCAUUAUCUUAAAGGUAACAGGUGAAAGACUAGUGGCUAGACUAAGAACUCGUACAAUGAAGGCAGCAUUAGAGCAGGAGGCUGCAUUCUUAGAUUCGAAUAAAGUCGGUGAUCUGAUUUCUAGAUUGUCUACAGAUGCUUCAAUAGUCGCCAAAUCUGUUACUCAAAAUGUUUCGGAUGGUACUAGAGCUAUUUUGCAAGGUUUUGUAGGGUUUGGUAUGAUGAGUUAUAUUUCAUGGCAAUUGACGUCUGUCAUGUUACUAUUGAUUCCACCAUUAGGAGCCAUGGCCAUAAUCUAUGGUAGAAAGAUUAGAAACCUUUCUAGACAGUUGCAAACAUCUGUUGGUGGUUUAACCAAAGUAGCAGAAGAACAAUUGAACGCUACUAGGACCAUUCAAGCAUAUGGUGGUGAAAAGAAGGAAAUACAUCGUUAUGCUACUGAAGUUAGAAAUGUUUUUGACAUUGGGUACAAAGAAGCGGUAACAUCUGGUUUAUUUUUCGGUUCAACUGGUCUUGUUGGCAAUACGGCUUUAUUGUCAUUAUUAGUUGUUGGUACAAAUAUGAUAUCUUCGGGUGCAUUGACAGUUGGUGAGUUAUCCAGUUUCAUGAUGUAUGCAGUCUAUACAGGUAGUUCAUUGUUUGGGUUAUCCACAUUUUAUUCUGAAUUAAUGAAAGGUGCUGGUGCCGCUGCAAGAGUUUUUGAAUUAAGUGAUCGUAAACCUGCUAUUAAACCAACCAUUGGUAAAGAUCCUAUAACUUUAUUUGGUAAAACUGUAGAAUUUAAGAAUGUUUCAUUCUGGUAUCCAACAAGACCUAAGCAACAAAUUUUCCAAGAUUUUAGCAUUAAGAUUGAGCCUGGAGAACAUGUAUGUUUUGUUGGACCAUCAGGUAGUGGUAAAUCUACCGUUUCCUCCCUGUUAUUGAGAUAUUAUGAUGUAGCGAAAGGUUCAAUUUUAGUUGGCGGUGAAGAUAUCAAGAAUUUCAGUUUAAGGAAAUACCGUAGAUUACUUGGGGUUGUUCAACAAGAACCUAUGCUAUUCAAUGGUACAAUUUUAGAAAAUAUUCUGUAUUCCGUACCUGAAGAGAUUGCCAAUGAGCCAGGUAGGAUAGAACGAGCUAUUGAAAGUGCCAAUUGUAGUAAGUUUUUAAAUAACUUUCCAGAUGGAUUAAACACGUUAGUUGGACCUAGAGGAACACAAUUGUCUGGAGGGCAGAAACAAAGAAUUGCAUUGGCAAGAACAUUUUUAUUGGAUCCAUCGAUAUUGAUCCUUGAUGAAGCCACUAGUGCGUUAGAUUCCCAAAGUGAAGAUAUAAUUGCUCAGAAUCUACAAGCUAGAAACGAGAAAGGGCAAACUACUAUAUCCAUUGCACAUAGAUUAUCUACUAUCAAACAUAGUAGUCGAGUGGUGGUGUUGGGCAAGAAUGGGUGUGUUGUUGAGACGGGCACAUUUCAAGAGUUGAUUUCCAAUCCAUCUAGUGGGUUAAACAUUUUGUUGACACAAGAAGAAUCAUCUGCCAACGAAGGGACACCUAACUAA